UUAUUUUACCCCUCAUAAUCCUUUCUUUAGGGUUCUUGUGGGGAUCGAUGUUUUUUCUUUAAUCUUUUUUUUAAAAAAAAAUUUAAAAGCCGUUAUCUGGCCGUUGUGAUUCUGAGAAAUAGAGCAAUUAAUUAGUUUUCGGAUUUUAUUUUAGUUGUCUCUUACUUUCAAAUCACGAAAAGGAGAAUAGGAAUUGAUGUCAAGCAACAUCAGUGAAGGUUAUUAUAUUUGUUCGCUCCUGUUAUGGUGAAAAUGGUUGCGGAGUUGAUAAAUGCUAACCCUGUGGUAUACGAGAGGAAAGAGAGACGGGUUUAUAAACUGCCAGCAGUUAUAGAUGAAUAUGCGCAAGAGCCCAUUGAUCAGCAAGAAAUUUUUGAUCAUAUUAGAGAUAUAAAGGAUCCAGAACACCCAUACUCUUUGGAGCAGUUGAAUGUGGUCACUGAGGAUUCCAUUGAAGUGAACGAUGAGAAGAGUCAUGUUAGGGUCACUUUUACGCCGACAGUGGAGCAUUGCAGUAUGGCAACUAUCAUUGGGCUUUGCCUACGUGUGAAACUCAUACGCAGUCUUCCAUCUCGUUACAAGGUGGAUAUAAGAAUUGCACCUGGAACCCAUGCAACUGAAGCAACUGUGAAUAAGCAAUUGAAUGACAAAGAACGGGUCGCAGCAGCAUUGGAAAACCUUACCCUGUUGGAAGUAAUCGAGGAUUGCUUGUCACCCACAUUUGCCUGAUGCUUGGACUGCAGUGAGUCUGUUACAUCCUGCGUUUGUUGCCAUGCUUUACAGUCUGUUCUGAUAACCGAAUAUGAGUGAUAGGGUGGCCUACACUUUGCCAGAAUGCACUGCGAAGUUGUUUAUGGGUAAUUUUGGUGUGCUUACUGGGGAAAAAGGAGUUUCGGCAACUGAGUAUAUUGCUGGAUUAGCUUGACAAUUCGUCAAUUGUUUGGUGAACAUUAUUUCGUAGCUUUCUGGAUUAUGAAUAGAUUGUGAAUAACAAGGAAAGGGAAAUCAACGGUAAAGAAAAAAAUUUCGUGCUUCAUUCA